CCUUUAAUUCCUUUUCACUUCUGUCAAUCGCGAACGUUGCAAGGGUUAGCACGUUUUGUGUAUUUAAUUUAGUUUUCUUUUAAAAAGAAUGACCGAGACUUUACAAUUACGGGGCACGCUGCUGGGCCAUAAUGGCUGGGUUACCCAAAUUGCGACGAAUCCAAAAUAUCCCGACAUGAUUUUGUCUUCAUCUCGAGACAAAACUUUGAUUGUAUGGAAACUGACUCGCGAGGAGACCCAAUACGGUGUCCCCCAGAAACGUUUGCACGGUCACUCCCAUUUCAUCUCCGAUGUUGUUCUGUCAAGCGAUGGAAACUACGCCUUAUCCGGCUCGUGGGACAAGACUCUCCGUCUUUGGGACUUGGCCGCGGGUAGAACCACACGUCGCUUCGAAGAUCACACAAAGCGAGAAGAUUUUUUUUUUUAUUAAUUUGCGUCGCAUCGACUGAAGACAUUUGCGUUGGCCGGUUGUAA